UUUUUUUUUUUUCUUCCCAAAGAUAUGUUCUUUCUUUGUAAAGUACAAAACCAAUUUUAAAUGAGAUGUUUGUUCAGAAGUGAUCCGACUUAACGCAUCUGCCUCACAGUUCUGAGGCCCGGGGGUUCAAAUCCCGGGAGUUGCACAUUCUCCCUGGUUUGUUUUUGCGCGCGUUUAAUCGCUUUUCGGUGUUUGUUGCCGUAGCUACGGCAAGUGCGACGGGACAAGAAGCGUAUGCUCCUAGCUAAACUAAGCUAAGCUAAUCGUUAGUCGUGGUUUCGCCGACAUGGCGGCGCACUUGAAGAAGCGAGUUUAUGAGGAAUUCACCAGAGUUGUACAGGUUCCUGCCGAAGAAGUUCCGUCCAAGAAGCUCCGCCUGUGCAAGCCCAGCAAGUCGGCGGCGCUCCACGUGGAUCUGUGCAAGGCCGCCAACGCCACCGACGCUUUGCAGUACCUGCUGCAGUUCGCGCGCAAACCCGUGGAGGCCGAGAGCGUCGAGGGCGUCGUCAGGAUCCUCCUGGAGCACUACUACAAGGAGGCGGACAGCAGCGUGCGGCUGAAGAUCGCGUCCCUGCUGGGCGUCCUCUCCACCACGCCGGGCUUCAGUCCCGACUGCAUCGUGGAGGACGUCGUCAGCGCCGCGGCCAACGAGAAAUCCCAUCAGGUUCUGGCUCAGCUUCUGGACAGCCUCCUGACGGCGGGCACUCAACCGCCGCAGAGUCCCGUCGUGGCGGCGCGCCUGGCGGAGGUCGCCCGCCGGCACCUGUCGGACGCGUCGUUCGGCGUGAGGAACAAGUGCCUGCAGCUGCUCGGACGUCUGGGCGCCGGGGACGCGCCGCUCGGCAAAGACGGCGUCGGGACGUCGGCGGCAGUCGCAAGAGACGUGCCGAGCGUCAUCAGCGACUACUUUGGCGAUCAGGACCCCCGAGUGCGCACGGCAGCCCUCAAAGCCACGCUGCAGCUGCACGAGAGAGGAAUCAAGAUUCAGCAGAUGAUUUACGAGCAGGCGUGCCGGCUGCUGGCGGACGACUACGAGCAGGUUCGCUCGGCCGCCGUUCAGAUGGUUUGGGUGCUGAGCGACUUGUACCCCGAGAGCAUCGUGCCCAUCCCGUCGUCCAACGAGGAGAUCCGGCUGGCGGACGACGCCUUCGGGAAGAUCAGCCACAUGGUGAGCGACGGCUCGUGGAUGGUGCGGGCCCAGGCCGCCAAAACGCUGGGUUCCAUGUCGCAGGUCAGUCCGCAUUUCCUGGAGCAGACGCUGGACAAGAAGCUGAUGUCGGAUCUGCGGAGGAAGCGCACGGCCCACGAACGCGCCAAAGAGCUCUUCGCUUCGGGCGAGUUCUCGUCGGGAAGGAAGUGGGCCGACGACACCCCCAAGGAGAAGCUGGACACCAACACGGUCAACCUGAUCGCCUCGGGAGCCUGCGGGGCCUUCGUGCACGGCCUGGAGGACGAGAUGUUCGAGGUCCGCAUCGCGGCGGUGGAGGCUCUGUGCCGGCUGGCCCGCUCCUCGCCCGGCUUCGCCGAGAAGUGUCUGGACUUCCUGGUGGACAUGUUCAACGACGAGAUCGAGGAGGUGCGCCUGCAGUCCAUCCACGUCCUCCGCGAGAUCUCCACGCACAUCACGCUCAGGGAGGACCAGCUGGACACGGUGCUCGCCGUACUCGAGGACUCGUCCCGCGACAUCCGAGAGGCUUUGCACGAGCUGCUGUGCUGCACCAACGUGUCCACCAAGGAGUGCAUCCAGCUGGCGCUGCUGGAGCUGCUCAAGAACCUCAGCAAGUAUCCUGCUGACCGCAACUCCGUCUGGAAGUGUCUGAAGUUUUUGGGUUCGCGCCACCCGAUGCUGGUUUUGCCGUUGGUUCCGGAACUCCUCAGCACGCACCCUUACUUCGACACCCCGGAACCCGACAUGGACGACCCGGCCUACAUCGCCGUCCUGGUGUUGGUGUUCAACGCGGCCAAGUCGUGUCCCACCAUGCCGGCGCUCUUCUCGGACCACACCUUCAGACAUUACGCCUACCUCAGGGACAGCCUGUCGUACCUGGUGCCGCCUCUACGGCUGCCGGGCAGGAAGCAGAUCCACGGUCUGGACUCUGCCGACUGUCAAGGCGUGGAGUCGGCUCAGCUUUUCCUGCAGCAAAGUCUGGACCGGGUCAGCACCAUCCAGAACCUGGAGGCGCCCGGAGCUCAGGAUCUGCUCAUCUUCAUCAUACGUGAUUUACAGAGACUGGGCCAGCUGCAGACAGAACUCGCCGGAGCCGCCGACUUCUGCGCCACGUACCUGCGCUGCCAGCUUCUCCUCAUCAAGGCUCUGCAGGAGAAGCUGUGGAACGUGGCGGUGCCCCUCUGCCUCAAGCAGAACGUCACGGCCACGGCGGCCGCCCGGCAGGUUCUGGAGGAGAGCUACAAGCUGGAAUUCAUGUACAGCGGUCUGGAGAGCAGACAGGUGGCCGUCGUCCAUCACGUGCGGCUGCAGGCCAAAGCGCUGCAGCUGGUUCUGAGCGCUCGCACCACACACGGGCAGGAUCCUCUGGUCGGCGCCUGUGAAAAGUUCCUGCAGGAGAUGGAUUCAUUCCACAGGCUGUUCGCGGCCGAGCUCCCGCACCUCCGAGACGGUUUCGCGGACAAGCUGGCGGAGGCCACGCCGCGCCUGGCGUCCCGCAAGCCGUCCGAGCUGGUCAACCUCCUCCAGACGUCGCUGAGGCACAGCGCCCUGGUGCCGCUGACGCUUCCGCCUCAGGUCCACCGCGCCACGGCCAACAUCAUCGAGCCCACGGGCGAGUCGGACAACCCGCUCAAGUUCACGUCCGGCCUGGUGGUGGCGCUGGACGUCGACGCCACGCUGGAGCACGUCCGCGACCCGCACGGCUCGGUCAAAGUAGAGGUCGUCUAUCCCGACGGGCAGAGUCACGUGAUCCACCCCAAACCCGGAGACUUCCGCAACCCGGGACCGCAGCGGCACCGGCUCAUCACGCAGGUCUACCUGUCGCACGGCGCGUGGACGGAGCCCUGUCAGGUGGAGGUACGACUCCUGCUGGCCUACAGCUCCUCCUCCUCCUCGUCCUCCGACGACUCCAAGGUGGCGUGGGGCGACAGCCUGGAUGACCUCCCGCCUCCGGAGGGCGCCGUGGAGGGAACCAUCGCCUUCAGCAAGCCCGUCAAAGUCUUCAUCAUGCCCAAGCCCGCCAGACGCUGAUGCUAAUGCUAACGGCGCCAAAGGAAACGCGCUGGAAUCGUCAUAUGGGACUUUUUUUUUUUUUUAAACGAGAAAAAAAAAUAGUUUGUGUUGUUUUAGGGCCACUCCCAGCUGGAGUUUACUCUCUAAAACAAAGUCAAUCGAAAAGAACCAACCCCAAUGCUAAGCUAAAUGCUAACAUCUACUGCGCCUGGAUCAGAACACCGCAGAGCAAGAUGAAUAGAAUCAUCGCAUAAGCUUGAUGUCCCACAUGGUGUUUAGACAUUAAUAACGUGCAGUUAUGAGCACUAUUAUUUUUGUCCAAACACCAUGAAAACACUCACUUAUUGGCCGUAUUUCCCGCGCACUAACCCGCUUGACUUUUUUCAUAAAAAUAACCUUAAUGUGGC